CUGGGACCGGCUAGCGUUGGUUGCGAACCUAUCGCACGCGUGCCGGAGCGGGCUGCUUGUUAUCAUUGAAAGCUCUAAAAAGUUCGCCAUGCGGGUGGAGCAGUACUGGAGUCAGACGGCUAUUUAAAAGGACUGGUCCAUCUGUUCUCUUGCUUCAGAAGUCUGGAAGAUGGGAACCACAAAUUUAUGAAGCCUCCGUGCGGUGGUGCGUGUGCGCUCGCCCGUGAUCUUGACGGUGAAGAGCCCGAAGGAUUGCCUAGGUAUCGUUUUUCUUUGCUAUGUCAUCGUAGUGAGUGCCGGCCGGAGGCCCGGACCCCCGGGCUGCGGGGCGAAGUGGAUGCAGUUAGGUCCGGGGCCAGCUGCCGCGGUGGCCAGUGAGGGCGCGGCGUUUGCCCUUGGGACGGCGCGACCGAGAGGCAGGAGGUUGGGCGGUUCUGGUUAAUUUCAAGGCUGAUUUUGGCCGAAGGUCUGGCGACAGCAUCGGAUCCCGCGUAGCAACUUGGGCCUGGCGCAGAAGAAAGAAGCUCUGACCGCUGGGAGUGUGUGGACAAAGGCUUGGGGCUGUAGAAUCGAUGCCUUCGGAUGGUCCCCGUUGGACGAUGACGGAUGUGAAGGGAAAUCCGGUGCCGUGUGGAUUCGUCUGCAUUUUGCCUUCGGUUUUUGUUUUAAGCAUCUCCGUUAAAACAGGCAGAUCAUCACAGUAAUUUUGGACUUGGUUAAGUUGCUUUUACAGAAUUAACAGGUGUCCAAGAAAUAAGAAAAGGUCAUUAUUGCUGUGGUUUGAGCUCAGCAUGGCUGUAGUCAUCCGUUUACUGGGGCUUCCUUUUAUUGCGGGGCCUGUGGAUAUUCGUCACUUCUUCACGGGAUUGACUAUUCCUGAUGGAGGAGUGCAUAUAAUUGGAGGGGCUAUUGGGGAGGCUUUUAUUAUUUUUGCAACAGAUGAAGAUGCAAGACGUGCCAUAAGUCGCUCAGGAGGGUUUAUCAAGGAUUCAUCUGUAGAGCUCUUUCUUAGUAGCAAGGCAGAAAUGCAGAAGACUAUAGAAAUGAAAAGAACUGAUCGUAUAGGAAGAGGGCGACCCGGAUCUGGGGCAUCAGGGGUUGGCAGCUUAUCUAAUUAUAUUGAGGCCAUGAAAGAAGAUGAAAAUAGUUCUAUAUACGGCUCUUCAAUUAACCAAGAUGCCGGGUUUCAUACUAAUGGUACAGGACUUGAUGAUUUAAGGCCAAGAAAGACAAGGCCAUCGAAGGCUGAGAAUCCUUACUUAUUUCUACGAGGUUUGCCUUACUUAGUAAAUGAAGAUGAUGUACGUGUCUUUUUUUCUGGUUUGUGUGUGGAUGGAGUAAUUUUCUUAAAACAUCAUGAUGGCCGAAAUAAUGGUGAUGCCAUAGUAAAAUUUGCUUCAUGUAUUGAUGCUUCAGGAGGUCUUAAAUGCCAUAGAAGUUUUAUGGGUUCAAGAUUUAUAGAAGUAAUGCAGGGCUCAGAACAACAGUGGAUUGAGUUUGGUGGAGAUGCAGUUAAAAAAGGUGAAAUUCCUAUGAGAGCUGAAGGACAUUCCCCUCCAAGAGGAGUUAAUGAUAGACAUUUUCGAAAACGGUCUCAUUCAAAAUCUCCCAGAAGAACACGUUCUCGUUCCCCUGUUGGAUUUUAUGUCCACUUAAAAAAUCUGUCCCUAAACGUUAGCAAAAGAGAUUUAAGAAAUUUCUUUAGAGAUAUUGAUCUGGCUAAUGAACAAAUUAGGUUUUUAUAUAAAGAUGAAAAAAGAACAAGAUAUGCCUUUGUGACUUUCAAGACUCUGAAAGACUAUAAUACUGCUCUGGGUUUCCAUAAGACUGUUUUACAACAUCGUCCAGUUCAUAUUGAUCCAGUUUCUAAAAAACAGAUGCUGAAGUUCAUUGAAUGUUAUGAAAAGAAGAGACCGGGGUCAAUAGAGAAAGAGAGAUCUGGACAUGUUGCACAGAAAUACUCCCAAGAAGGCUACUCUGGCCAGAAGCUGUGCAUAUAUAUAAGAAAUUUUCCAUUUGAUGUUACAAAAGUUGAAGUGCAAAAAUUCUUUGCAGACUUUUCUCUUGCUGAGGAUGACAUUUACCUGCUUUAUGAUGACAAAGGAGUUGGUCUGGGAGAAGCAUUGGUGAAGUUUAAAUCAGAAGAACAGGCCAUGAAAGCUGAACGUUUAAACCGACGCAGAUUCUUAGGGACAGAGGUAUUAUUAAGACUUAUAUCUGAGGCACAGAUGCAGGAAUUUGGUGUAAAUUUCCCCUGGAUGUCUGCUGAGAAAAUGCAAGCCCGUUCUCAGUCACGUGAUAGAGAUGACCAUUCCCAUUUAUUUGACUCAAAAGACCUAUCCGUUUACUCAGUUGGUCCUUCUGAAGACCUUAGAUACCAGCUAGACGAUUUGAGGCAACAGGGUACCUUCAAGCACCCCCAGGGAUAUUUCCGACAGCCUGAUAGGCACCCUCCAGAAGACUUCAGGCACUCUCCGGAGGACUUCAGGUUCCCUCCCGAGGACUUCAGGCGAUCACCAGAGAACUUCAGGCACCCUCGGGAGAAGCACUUCAGACGACCUCCUGAGGAAGACUUCAGGCGCUCUCGGGAGGAUGACUGGAGACGGCCUCUAGAGGACUGGAGGUGGCCACUGGAGGAGGAUUUCAGGCAGCCGCCUGAAGAGGAUUUCAGGAGGUCCCUUGAGGGAGAUUUCAGGCGACCACCAGAGGAGGAGUUCAGGCGCCCUUGGAAGGACGACUUCAGGUGCCCUCCAGAUGAUGACUUCAGGCACCCUAGGGAGGAGGACUUCAGGAAGCCCCCCCAGGAGAAUUUCAGGCAUUCCCCUGAAGAAGACUUCAGGCGGUCACCCAUGGAGCAUUUAAAACGGCCACCCCAGGAGCACUUCCGGCGACCACCUUCGGAGCAUUUCAGGAGACCACCUCCUGAGCAUUUCAGGCAGCCACCCCCGGAGCACUUCCGGAGGCCACCCCCGGAGCACUUUCGGAGGCCACCCCCGGAGCACUUCCGAAGACUGCCCCAGGAACAUUUCAGGCGUUCCAGAGAGGAGGAUUUCCGGAAUAUGCCAGAUGAUGACUUCCGGGGCCCUCCUGAUGAAGACUUUAGGCACCCUCCUGAUGAGGACUUCAGGAGCCCCCAGGAAGAAGAUUUUAGAUGCCCUUCUGAUGAGGACUUCAGGCAGCUCCCUGAGGAAGACCUCAGAGAAGUUCCAGAGGAGGAUCUUGGACUUCCUGACAAUUUCCGACCUUCUGGUGAGGAUUUUAGGAGCCCACCUGAGGAUUUUAGAAGUCAUCGCCCUUUUGUGAAUUUUGGUCGCCCGGAAGGUGGCAAGUUCGAUUUUGGAAAGCGUAAUAUGGGAGGUUUUCCUGAAGGUAGAUUUAUGCCUGAUCCCAAAUUAAAUUGUGGUUCAGGUAGAGUAACUCCUGUUAAGAUAAUGAAUCUUCCAUUUAAAGCAAAUGUAAACGAAAUUUUAGACUUCUUCCAUGGUUACAGAAUCAUACCCGAUUCAGUUUCCAUACAGUAUAAUGAGCAAGGUUUACCUACAGGGGAAGCCAUUGUUGCUAUGAUCAACUAUAAUGAAGCUAUGGCUGCUAUUAAAGAUCUUAAUGAUAGGCCAGUUGGUCCCCGGAAGGUUAAGCUCAUUUUGCUGUAGAAAACAUUUCUGAGUUCACUUCUUAUCCACAGUGUUGAUGCAGUAAAAUGCAUUUUAAAAAAAGUGUUAUUUUUAAACAUUUUCAUUUUGACCUGUGAAUAGAAAAACUGUAAAUAGAAUGUGAAUUUGUUUUUCUUUUGCUUGCAAAUUGCUGUUCAUUUUCUUUCUAAUUUAAAAUUAUAUAUGCUGUAUUUUUCUUUGUUAGGGCAGCAGGAACUAAUUCCCUGAGUUCCCUAGUUUUUGUUGCUGUUAUGCGUAAACCUCAAAGACUUGCAGAGUUGUAUUUGGGGAAGAUACAUUUCAUAUUCACUUUUAUUUCUUUCUGUAGUCAAUGCCUUUUACUGAAACUGUAUAAGGAAAUGGUCAGUGGCUGAUUGUUCAGGUUUGGCAUUUUCAUUGCUACCUGCCUGCAGAAUUGAUGCUCUCUUGUCUGAGAUAUUACUGCAUUAAAUCUCCUGUUAAUUAUAGUCAAAAUGGACAGACUGUGAAUUUUGAAAUUUACCUAUGUUAAAAGCUUAGGAAAUUUAGUUUCCAUGUUCAUAACUUUGCAAAAUUUUAUAAUAAAAAAUUGCAACUGAAUAGACUAA